GGUUUCACUGAGUAAGCGCCAUUCACUCCCGGUCUCACUAAUUUACGCGCAGAAUACCGAAGCUUCGCUCCGAAGCCGAGCAACUAUGAGCGAUACGUGCCCAGGCUGCAAGAAGAAGUUGUCGGGUCAGACUGUGACGGCUCUGAAAAAGAACUGGCACCCCGGCUGUUUCUUGUGCGGAAAAUGUGCGAUGAGCUUGAUCGGUAAAGAUGAAUUCAUGGAACAAGCAAACAAACCCUAUUGCAAGGAAUGCUACCACAACACUUUCUCGCCGAAAUGCGCCAAAUGCGGCGAAGCCAUCAAAGCGAAAUGCGUCACUGCGAUGAAUAAAACUUGGCAUCCGGAGCAUUUCGCGUGCGCGAAGUGUACGAUGCCGAUCGAUGUUGACAACAAAUUCAAGGUAGCGCAGAACAAACCAUACCACAACGGGUGCGAAUGCGAGGUGGCCUGAGCCUCCCCGUUCCUUCGAACAAUAAAAAACAAGUGGAAG